GUGAACUUUCUGUUUUCAGUUUGCAUGGUGAGAGGUGAGGUCAGUCAAGCAAAGAGUUCAGGCUAGUGUUCAGAGAAGUUCACUAGAAUCUAGAUUCUAAGUGUUCGGUUUAGCAUGAUGAUGUCUCUUGUCUACGAAAGUCAUUAGCAGUGUUUUUGUUCAAGCCAAGCGGCCUUGCCGACUUCAUAAUCAGUGAUUCCAGUGACAGUUUCCCACUGACAUAUAAACUAUCAGAAAGAUGGCCAGGGUGGUGACAGAUUUGCUGUCAUCGGCCUCAAAAUUGUGUGCACAAGGACAGCUUGGAAUCUCCACUCUUUUGUCCAAUGCAAGGAAUGGGAAUGUGUCGGCGUUGACUAGCCUAAGGAGUUUUACAUCACUCUCUCAAGGAAGGCCAGCAGUGGCUCCAUGCAUGUUUCAGUCACAGAGCUUGCUCCAAAGGAAACAAGAAAAUGUCUCUACAACCCAAGUACGCACCACAACAGUUGAGAUGAAGCAAUGGCGAGAGGGAAGGGUCAUCAGCCGCUUUUACCGUCUAAACUGGGGAGGUUGGAUUCGUACAUUUGGAGGGCGCAGCAGAAAACUCUACAUGAAAACAUCUAAAGAAAGAUGGCGGCUGAGGCAACAUGUCUUUGUCACAAAGAAACAGUGCAAAAUGCUUGAUAAACUCGUAACAGAGCAAUGGAGAGAGCCGAAGUUUUAUGUGGAAAAUGCGGAAUAUGACCCUUAUCAUAAAAGGACAAAUUCUUACCAUUUUCCCAAUCACAGAAAAUUUUAUCCGUAGUCUAACAUAAUAUCUGUUGUGGGAAGUUUUUUGCCAUGUGAUGUUAUGGUUUGUGAAGAAUGUUUGACACAGUUGGUGAGCAAAGCGUAAAUGUGUUUUUAUGCUUGAUAACAUAGUAAAUGUUUGCAGGUUUUUUUCCAUCUUCAGAGAGUCACUAUGUUCUUCUGUAUCACUGUAACAAUAAGGAUGACGAAAGCAAUACUGAAAGAAGAGGUAUGACAGAAAAGUACAUUUUCUUUGAGAGGUAGAAAUGAAGGUUUGCAAGCACAUAUAUUAUUUGUACAUCUGUUUGAAGAAACCGAGAUGUUUUGUUGUCAUUAAAUGUUAUUUUGUAGAGAUUUCACAAUUUCA